AUGAAGUCAUGUGAUCAGUUUCUGACCAAUGAAAAGCUCUCUUUUGGUAAGGAGAUGAAAUCUCCGAACGGUAGGCCUAAGCCCAUGUCACCCUCCGACUUUCUGGACAAGCUGAUGGGAAAGACGUCAGGCUAUGACGCUCGCAUCAGACCAAAUUUUAAAGGGCCUCCUGUCAACGUCACAUGCAACAUCUUCAUCAACAGCUUUGGCUCUGUCACAGAAACCACAAUGGACUACCGCUUGAACGUGUUCCUCCGGCAGCAGUGGAACGACCCUCGCCUGGCAUAUAAGGAGUACCCUGAUGACUCGCUUGAUCUGGACCCGUCCAUGCUGGACUCCAUCUGGAAACCCGACCUGUUCUUUGCCAACGAGAAAGGCGCCAGCUUCCACGAGGUCACCACUGACAACAAGCUGCUGAGGAUCUUUCAGAACGGGAACGUCCUCUACAGCAUCCGGCUGACUCUGAUUCUGUCCUGCCCGAUGGAUCUGAAGAACUUCCCCAUGGACAGCCAGACCUGCACCAUGCAGCUAGAGAGCUUCGGCUACACCAUGAACGAUCUGAUUUUCCAGUGGCUGGAUAAAGGUCCUGUGCAGGUGGCUGAUGAUUUAACGAUGCCUCAAUUUGUUCUGAAAGAGGAGAAGGACUUGGGAUACUGCACCAAGCACUACAACACUGGUAAGUUCACCUGCAUCGAGGUGAAGUUCCACCUGCAGAGGCAGAUGGGAUAUUAUCUGAUCCAGAUGUACAUUCCCAGUCUGCUGACCGUCAUCCUGUCCUGGGUUUCGUUCUGGAUCAACAUGGACGCCGCUCCUGCUCGAGUCGGCCUCGGCAUUACCACCGUCCUCACCAUGACGACGCAGAGCUCCGGCUCCAGAGCAUCGCUGCCUAAGGUGUCCUAUGUGAAGGCGAUAGAUAUCUGGAUGGCCGUGUGUUUGCUGUUUGUCUUUGCCGCACUGUUGGAGUACGCCGCUGUAAACUUCGUCUCUCGGCAACACAAAGAGUUCUUCAGACUCAGGAGGCGACUGCAGGCAGAACAACGACAAAGAGCUGCUGCAGGACAGUUUGUUGGAGCCGAGACGAAAAGCAAGAACAAUGACAUUACAAGCAGCACAACAUCCUACAGGAACACAAAACACUGCAGUGCCUGUGCACGGGAGUUAACGCAACACAAUCAGGAUUUCUUCUUGUCCAGUUUCGGUUUGGACGUCCAGCUGUCUGGAGACGGUCCCCUCUCUGAGACGGCGGCCAUGUUCGCCGCACUGCCUCCGGGUCACUCGCUGUUCCAGAUCCGCCGCAGGUUUAUUGACCACGCCAAACGGAUCGACACCAUCUCACGUGCCAUUUUCCCCCUCAGCUUCCUCAUCUUCAAUGUCUUCUACUGGCUGACGUACAAAGUUCUGCGUAACGAGGAUCUGCAUUCCGUCCUGUGAGCGAAAAUAACCAAAGGACAGCACACAGUAAACUCCAACCACCACACCACAAUAUACAAUACAAUACAACACAAACAAAGCACCACACACCACAAUACUAUACACCACAACACAACAUACACCACACCACUGCCAUGGUUCCACACGAGGACUGAAUAGAUCAGCGACGUUUGGAUGAUCUCUCGUAGCCGCACAUGACGUGACGAACAGACUUAAAGGAGCAUCUAG